GCACACACACAGCCAUCCAACACAACUCAACCACACCGCUCCAAGCUACCAGCUCAGCUCAGCUACCAAAACCACACCACACCCUCCUUAAGAUGUUCGCCCGCGCCGCAGCCCGUUCCCUCCGCCCCGUCGCCACGCCUCUGCAGGCGACGAGCAAGCGCUUCGCGUCUGGCGCCCCUGCUUCCGGCAAGGAACGCCGCUACCUCCGUGACAUGCCUGUCGACGUCUACCCCCUCGCGUUCCUCGUCACCGUCGUCUGCUCCGGCUCGAUCUACAUGUGCGCGCACCACCUCAUCACGGACAAGUCGCUCCGCCUCCUGCCCGACUCGGCGCGCGCCGAGGCCAAGAAGCACUAAGCUGCUCGAGAAGAACGAAAUUGUUGUACCCUGUACAACAUCACCAACUGCCCAUUCAUUACUACUGCGAGGAGGAGCCCCAGAGCCACACCAGCCAACCCCAGAGCGGGAAUGUACAAAUAGAUGGAUGUAGAAGUGCCUACUA